AUGUAUGACCGGGCUCCCCGAGUGCUUAGAUUGGCUGAAGGUGGCAGCACUGAGGAUCGUGUGGGUCCUGGAUCUUACCAGGUUCCCUACCUGAAGCAGCAGGCAACAGGUGGCUAUGCACCAUUCCUGUCUUUGACUGCCAGGGAAAGUACUUUUACUGUCAUCUCUAACACUGAGAAAGAUGUUCCAGGUCCAGGACACUAUAAUGUUUCAGAAAAGCAGUGUAAUAUAAAAGGAGGCCAAAGUCUACAAAACCGGGAAAAGCGUUUUAAGAAGUUUAUUUCAGAUGGUCCAGGGCCAGCAAGCUAUGAUCAAUCUUAUCCUGGAACACUGGCUGUUGUGAACAGGAAAACUCUAGAGGCUAAAAAGCAUCUUCAGUCAAAAAUGUCAAGGGCACUUACAGUUUUCAGAAGUGUUUAUGUUCCUUCAAUUCCUUUUGGACGGUCAUAUGGUUAUGAUAUUAAUGAGGAUGACAGUAUCAUAAAACAUUUACCACCUACCAGUGACAGCACACUAGGUCCAGCAUACUAUAAACCUCAAAUUGAUUUUUCCAGAGCAACUUUGAAAUACAAGGGGAUACAUUUUGGCAACUCUUUGGGAAGACUCCAGUUACCUAUAACAUCAGGGCCUGGUCCUGGACAGUAUGAUAUAACCCAGAAAAAGGCACCUCAUUAUGAAAAUGUAAACAUCAAGAAAGAUCAACAGCAAAAUAGCGGCUCAAAUCUCCGACAACUUUAUGAAGUAAAAAUAUUGCAGGAGGAAAAAGAGGGAGUACCAGGGCCAGGAAAAUAUGACAUUAAGAGUCAAUUUCAGAAGAAUAAAAGUACGACGUCAAAUGUAAAUGAUGCAUCACCUGCUUUUCUUUCUCAAUCCCAGAGGUUUGUCCCUAUGAAAUCAAUCACUCCAGCUCCUGGCACAUACAAUGAAUCUCGAACUGCUUUCAAGCCCUUGAAGAAAACAUUGGGAUUGAAAAAUACCUCAUUUGGUCAAAGUGCUGCUCGAUUCACACAAGACUCUAAGACAGAGAAAAUGCCAGGUCCAGGGUUUUAUAAUAUUCAGAACGAUACGUUCAUUGACAACUUUAGUCAUACCUCCUGGAAGAAACCAAAGAAAAGUGCAUUUGGUUCUUCUGUUCCUCGGACUCUAUUUCUGGUUCAGAAAGAAGUUUUUACUACUCCUGGGCCUGCUGAUUAUAAGGUCCCUGAAAUUUGUGAUGAACUACCCAACUUGACUAACCAAUAUGCUGCUUUCUUGUCAAGAACAGAAAGAACUACUAAAGUAUCAGAUGUGGGUGUUCCAGCACCAGGUGCCUAUGAUGUUCAAAAAUCCUAUGAGAUGUCUCAAAUUCAACAUAAAUACAUGCCACCUCGUACUUUAGUGGCUAGAAUAAAACAUGCCUCCUUUCUUAGCACAACACCUCGGUGCCUGGACAAAGUGGAUGAUGGGCCAGGACCUACAACAUACAGUCCUGUUUUAAAGAAAUCCUGCUUUAUACCCUCAUUUGUUAAAGCAUCAAAGCGUUUUAAAGAUUCCAAAGAGAUUACUCCUGGCCCAACGACAUACGAGCAUCAGGGUCUUUUCCAAUGA